UUAACAGAACUGAUUUUUAUCGGCAGGUAUUUCUGAAUUCCAGUAUUUAGCUGAUAUUUUCUGGUUGAUAACCAAUGUCAUAAUUGUGGUGUGUUCUCACUUUCAAACAUUGGAUUAUGUGGUGGAGAUGUGUCACAGUGUUCAGUCACAAAUAUAUUUUUGAGUUUCACAGUAAUGUCAGAUUUAUUAGACAUAAACCAUGGGUGCCUAAAUUCAGGCUUAUGCGUCAGAUGCAACCGUAUGAUUCACCAGUUGAUCUCAGAGAUGAUUACGCCAAUGAGAAUGAAAGCACAUCAGAUUUGCGUAGAAGGUUACGUAGAAAUGGAAUGUUACCUCCCCUACUUUUUUAUGAUCGCUCAAUAAAUAUUGGACAUACAGGAACUAUAGUUGAUCCGUACAUCCCUCCUGAUGGUGAUGGUCAAAGUUCAUUGCUGUCAACAAAGAGAUUGACUAUUUUAAAAGAUAAUCUUCUUAAUAAGGGAAAAAACUAUAAGGAUUUAUCACUGCUAAAAUCUAAUGAACCAUCAUUUAAUUCCAAACAGUUUGCUAUUGAAGCUGAAAAUAUUUAUGUUGAAGCUCAUGAUUUGUUACAAAAUUAUCGUCAAAAUGAAUCCCGAUUAUUUGAACUAGUUACGGAAAAAGCACUAGUAGAUAUGACUGCUGACCUAAAACUUCGAACUCUGCAAUGGAAGUUUGUGGGUAAUAUUGAGCCACCUAGAGUUGUACAAAUACGCUGCAAGGAGCUUAUAUCUAAAGGCAAUUUUUAUGCUCAAGUUACAGUUCGUUUCUAUACACAACAGAUUUUAUCCAUUUAUAAUCGUUUUGGGCGCCUACUAUAUGGCAAUCCGGAUACUGCUGUCGAUGUGCUCGAUUAUGUUGUAUUUGAAAGACAUGUUUCCGAUGAAUAUGGUACAUGGAGAUUACACGGUAAAGUCUCUCAUCCAAACUCUACAGUAAACUACACCUAUAUACCUACUCAACGGUUAUUCUCAGUGAAUUCAUCAACAACAUCGGAAUCAAACAAAUUGAUCGCAAAUAGUCGAAAUAAUAUUGAUGAUCCAAUAUCAGUAAACAGUUCGAAUAAAGAUAGUGUGAAUUAAUUUUUUAUAAAUUUUGUUCAUUAACAGAAAUUAAUUAGGUAAUAAUCUUUUGUGAAUGUUUCGUACUGAUACUGUAACCAUUUUUCACUUGGUUAUGGGAUUAUAAGACUAACAUCAGUCUACUGUUCAACCACUAAUAUAACAAAGCUAUGGACUUAUUCGUUAUGAUGUUAAGUGCCACCCUACCUUCUAACGUUUGACAUCUUUCGUCACUUUCGAGUUCUAACCUAUUUGUUUUAAGCUAAUAUUACAGAGAAUAGGUGUGGAUAAUUUUAAGUAUUAUUAUAUUUCCUACUGGUAGUAAUAGUAGUAGUCACCAUUCUGUAUCACUGGUAUACUUUAUUUUCAAGUAAGAAGUAUAGCUCCCACUGGAAUUGUUUCAAUCCGCAUAAGUUUAUUUACAUUUCAGCAUUUUUGAGUUAAAAAGACCAAAUCUUUAAUUUUUUCUGCUGUUUAUAAAUGGCAUCUUAGAUGGAUUUGCUCAUAUUCUGGCAGUCAAAUUUUCAGUUAAAAUAAAAAAAACGAGAACUCAAAAUAAUUAUAUAUAGUUAUGUUUGAGAGGGUUUUAAGUCAUUAACAAUUAUUAGGAUCUCGAGUUGAAUAAAGCUGGAAAUGUAUACCACUGGAUGCUACUUUAGUGGUCUAAUGAUUAACUAUUCACCUCGAUCCUUCAUGAGGUCAUGGAUUCAUACCCUUUGGUACUCCAUACUAGGAUUUACAUACAUACAUUAUCACACUAAAAAGCAAAUUUAAAAAGUUAUUGGUUCAUUGUAUGAUACCGUUUGUAGAAUGGUGAGUAAUGAUGGUUGUAAUUUGUAGGUAUCAAGAACACGAUGCACAUACAGUUUCAACAUACCAUAGAAACAAGCUACUAUGUACAUCCAUUUGUUAGUGUAUAAAAUAAUGAUGUAUUUAAAGAUUUCCAUCUAGUAACACCAAAAAUAUUAAAGUAUUAUUUCAGCUGUCAACAUGUUAUCUCUGAAUUUCAAAAUGAGCACGAAUGUUCGUCGGGAGAAAUACAGAAUCUAAACUUAUUUUGGGUGUUGGCUACACCAGCUAGUUCCAUUUAUUGAUACCAACAGAUUUUCUUUUCUUAGUAAAAUAUUAUUACAAUAUGCGUUUCUUAAUGGUUUUUCUGAUAUUGAUGUUAAGUCUUACAAAAAGAAUAACAUAUAGGUAUUCCAUACUAUAUUAUAGAGUUAGGACUCUGCUCGGAUGAAAUCAUUUGAAAGACUCAUAGUUUAAAGGAAAUAUGUAAUCAAGUUAUAAUUAGGUGUUAUUUAGUCUAAAAAUUAUUUUGUACAUUGUGCUGGGAACUAACUUAAUUAACCUCAUGAAUUGCACCUCAGACAUAUCGUGUAUUGAAUCGACUGACUAAUAUCACAUGUCAAGUCACCAAUCAGAAUCUUAAUGCUAAUUUUGUCUGUUUGACGCCCGCUAUUCUAUGGUCUAGCGCCCUAGGUUUGACCAGUGACACUCCUGGCCAGGAAUGUUGAUUCAGAACCUAUAUGAUGGAAAGAAAAGUUAGUUUUCGAUUGGUUUACUCAUUAUGAGUUUUGUUCAAGAUUACUUCCGUUUUGAUUCAAUGUAAUGAUUACUGAAUGUGGUAUUUGUUCUUUUCUCGUAUGAUAUUUUAUUCUCUAUUCCUUUGAUAUGAACUAUGCUCAGUAUGUGAUUUGUUAUAACUCUAAGUAUUUUUCAUAUAUGUGAUUUCAUCCUAAUUAUUAAUCAAAAUGGGUGUACAAUCAAUAUAUAAAUGAGUUUAUUUUCUACUAGAGUCGUUGUUGUCGUCGUCGACGUGUUUUGGGGUUAAUAAAUCCCCACUUAUACUAGUCUUUGUGUUCUUACGUUCGCGUCGUGGGAAUUGCAGAAGUCCCUCGUUCCGAGUAUAAGUGAUAAGCGUUUCCGACAUAACAAUCAGCGACGACCAAAUACAAAAUGUAGCAUUAAGAGAGCCAAGACAAUAAGCAUUCAAACAAACGGUUAUAACAAGAACCGACUCAGUUGGGUUCCUAUUGGCCCGUUAUACUUAAACUUUUCUCUAUACCCUGAUUUAAAUCUAAAAGUCGGCAACCAGCCCCUACCAUACUUAUAUUUUAGACAGACGUGGUAGGCAUACUGGACCACUUCACAUCGUAAAAUGAAGAAUAACAAUUAUACAUAAACUAGCCAAAAAAGGCUGUAAAUAGAAGUUGUAAGUGAAAGACUGGCAAAAUUUUAGGACCUGCAAGUCGUAUAACAGUAGUUAGUGUAUCGACUAAAAGCUCAUAAUGGAAUAUAUAAACAUAGCAAUCCAGUUACUCAGUAAUUAUACAAUAUAAAUAUGUUCAAUAUAAACUCACAAAUUUGGGAUUCACCAACCCUUUCAUCCUCAUUGUAAUAUACGAAAACUAGCGAAAUAGACAUUCAGAGUCUGGUGAUUUAUUCAUUAAGAAGUCAAGCGAUGUUUUUUCGGCUGUCAUAAAAUAAAUGGACCGCAAAUUUUAUAACAUAACUGAUUAAGUUAUGAUAAUAUAUUAUUAGUUUCUUAAAACACAAUCAAUUAAUGCAUUCACUUACAAUCAUCUACACAUUGAGAAGCAGUGGUACUCACUCAUAGCGAGCGAUCGACAAUAUGUGUAGAAAUUUUAUGAAGUAGACAAAAUAACUGGCUGAUUGGCACAUACCAAUAAGGUUGGUGUAUCCUGGCACUGGUUCGGCUUUCGUUAGCACCCAAGUAUGCACACCAGAAAACAAUCGUUUCUUGUAAUCUUCCAUACUACAUAAGCAGUUUGAUUUAAGUCAUAAAUAUCGUGACGGUGUGAUGGUAAUUUACUGACUAAUUAUUACAUAUAAAAUGAAAUUACUGAGGGUCAUUGGUCACCUUGCAUAGGAUUUUUCGACAGUUUUUUCUUUAUUUUCCUUUGUAUUAAACAUUUCUUCAUACAUACUCAAGGGCAAUCAUUUACUACUAUUUUAAAAUAAUCCCCAUGUUUUCGAUUUUCCUAAAAAAGACAUCUACAAUAAAUAACUUAUCAGGAUAAUAUAUCCAUUUCAGCACAGUUAAAUAAGAUGGUUUGUAUUUCCAAGCAGUGAAUACAAAUUUGAAUGGUGCACGUGGUUUCAGAAAAACUGCUUCAAUAUUCGUAUUUGGUGGUACAUACAAUUUCCAACCAGGCAUUGACUCGAGAACGUUUAGACAAGACCGAGUUCCCACCAUAGGCGAGCUGCUGUAUAAGUCGGAAAAUAAGGAUACAUAAAAUGGGAAUAAAAGAGUGAAUAAAUGACGUAAAUAAUAAUAAUGUGAAUCGUUUGAUUAUUGAUCGAAGGAAGACAAGUAUUUUCCAUCAAUAUCGACAUUUCAUCAUAUUUGUGUGUGGGCUGUGAUACUACCCGGGUGCCCAAACCGAAGCAGGUGCUUUCCUUAGGGGGCCACACCCCGAGCCCUCGACCUGAAGGUCUGAUCCACAAGGCAUUGGAGCACCGUGAGGAAAUGAAGUCCCAUGGCAGCCGGUGACCAACGAUUGGUUCAUACGCCAUUUGUUCCUUCAAGAUACUGGAGCCCAUGUGCACCAUUGGUUUGGAAUCCGGUUAAAGCGCCGAACAUUCGCUUUUCGUCCCCUCAUUUUUGUAAACAACACCCCUGUAACGAGAAGGCAGUGAGUAGGACUUCCCUGGAAGAGGCUGUAUACGCGUGGCUGUGUGAGAGCAUUUCGAGAGGGAGGGCGAGCCCAUCCCACUCUCGGCCAUACCAGGGCAUCCAAGGGCUUGAACUGGUUGGAAAAGGCGAAGAGGUGGUCAGUGUAUGACAUGGUGUCGUAGUAUGGAAGAAAGCUGCAAAGGGCUGGCUUCCAUUGGCCCUUCACGACUCCCUGGCUGGGGUCCGAGGGGUGGUAUGACACAGUGGCUAGAGACGUUAUCAGAUACGGCUCAGAAUGGAAGCCAGUGGCGAUCCUGCUGUAACCUUCUUUUACUUUCUUCAUAAAAAGUGGUUGUGUCUCCCUCACCUGAGAGAUUUCUUCUGAUUGUACCUUUCCGUUUCCCCCAUUAUUAUUAUUAUUAUUACACAACCUUACACUAAUCUGUUCGUUAUUGUUCUUUUUUUUACGCUC